AUAACAUCUGAUUGAAAAAAGCAGAUCUUGUUGGUGUUGGUGUGGGCCUGGGGGCUGGAAAAAUUUGGAUUUUCUUGAUCCCUUGUGAUUAAUUUUGAGUAUUUUUAAAUUCCAAUAACGCCAUAAAUAAUUUCGUGUCUCUUUUAUCAUUCCUGAUACAAAAACACCGCCAUAGAUAAUUGAUAUCUCCUAAAAUUGUAUCUCGAACUCCGGCACAAUGUUGUGCGCCGCCCUAGCAAGACUCCAGCUCAAUCCUGCAGGGCUGAUGACUCUUCAAAGCAGGACUAUUUUUGUCCAGAGCAACCCAAACUUAUUCAGAAUCACACCGUGCCUUUUGGCUGAGCCGAUGAAGAAGAAGAAAAGGAUCGAUCCAGCUGUUACCCGAGCAAGAGAGGAAAGGAGAAAAAAGAAGAUCGAGAAAGCUAUUCGGAAACUGGAGAAAAACGCACGGCAGCUGAAACCUAUUGACGAGUUGGAAAUUCCCCCAGAAGUUUAUGACACCUUGAAGCAGCGCAUUCGAAAGCGAGGAGUUUUGAGUCACGAAGAAAUGGAGGAGAGAGCACUUCUCCUAAAAGAAUGGUCUAAAUACAAAAUGAAACUAAAAUUGCUGGACAUUCAACUUUUGGACAGAGCAAUAAUGUCCCAACAAAAAGCACUAGACGAGCUCAGACUGGAAUCAGAAGAACUUUAUCAAGAAGCUGUUCAAAUGGAUUUGAAUGUCAUGCCAUUCACAAUUAAGGGCCCAACUCACACCCCUGCAAUCAAAGACUACGAUUCUCCAGACGGUGAAUACACUGAUAUUUCGAAAGAUUGGUAUCAGUCAUUUUUGGUGUAAAACAAAGAGGGUCUGUAGCAAAAUAAAAUUUCAACGUUUCAUUACAACUAAU